CCAGGUGGUAAUUAUUUCUUGAACAGGAUAGUAUCGUAUCGUUUCAUUCCUCGACAAAAAAAGAAAAAAAAAGUGGAUUAAAAUCCUCUUCAUCUCCUUUUAUUACCACCAUGGUAAUAUAUAAGUGAUAGAAAUUAGAAAGAAAGCUUGUAAUCUCAUUUCAUCCACAAUCCCAUCGUCACGAGAAAAAGAAAUGGUGUCUCGCCCCUCCCCCCCUCGUCUUCUUCACUCUAUCUCCUUGUUGCUACUUCUUCUUCUCUCCAUAUUCCAUGCCUCUGAUGCAGCGACUGCCCUAGUGGACAAGGUUUGCAAACAAACUUCAAGUUAUCCAUUCUGCGUGCGCUCUCUCUACUCUGACUCGCGAACCCCAGAAGCUGAUGAGUACACGCUGGCUUACAUUUCAGUUGGGGUAGCUUACAACAACGCUACCUCCACCCAACAUUACAUAUCUGAUCAGCUCAGGUCAAUCAAGGUCAAUGGCUCUACCCACCACGAUCAGCAGCAGCGUCUCCAAAUGUGUAGCCGCGGUUACCAAAGGGCUGUUUCAGCUCUGGCAAUGGCCCACAAUGACCUGGACUCCGAGACCUUCUUCGAAUUGGCUAGGCUGGCAGCCAAAGCCUCUAGCGGUGCUAAUGAUUGCAAGGCUGCUUUCAAGGGAAUUCCUUCACCAACAGCACUAGCCAAAGGGAACCAAGACUUGGUGUAUCUUUGUGAAAUUUGUGGUGUUGUUGCUAAAUUAUUUACUAGAAUGUGAUUCGUAUUCUGUCACAUUGAAUUAUCUUGUCUUAAUUAAUUAGGAGCUGAAGAAGACUUACCAUUAAAGUAAUAGUAAUUAAGCUGAUAAUUUGCGGAGAUAUAUAAAUACAAGGGUCGAUGCUUUUUUAA